UCUAUGAAGUGAACAUCCAGACAUUAAAGUAAAGACUAUUUGUAUCGUGCUGAAAAACAUGUUUAAAUAGUUAUGUGCAUUAACAAGCUAAAACGAACAAUUGCCACAAAGAUUUUAGUUAGUGGAUCAUGCUUUGUCAGUGAACGACCAAUUGAAUCUUCAUGUUGAAACCUUCACGAAAAUUUACUUCGCUCCGCUUUUGUCGCCAUGGCAACGAUGUCAACUCUGCGUCCGUUGAGAUAACAGCGCGAUACAGACCUAGCGAGUGAGGGCGAAAAAGUAGCUCUAUAGACAACAUUGACAGGCAAACCUUGGCCAGCUGACGAGGGGGUAUACGAGGGAUGCUGACGCAGUCAGACUACUUUUCGUAGCUGCGAGUGAAACCGAAGCACGCGAAGCGCAUUAAGCAAAAUGUCGUUUGCAAAAUUCUUCAAACAGCCACCGAUGCAAAAGGCGUCAUCGUUGGACCAAAAUGAUAACGAUGAACCGGAACAAACGGGUCAAGAGAAUGCAGCUGAAAAAGAUGCCGACAAGGAGUCAACUGACAAAGAACCUAUUGUACCGGACGGCUAUAAUCCCCGGGACUACGAUAAUCUAGCAGUAUCUGCCGAGCUAAAAGCUCUCUUCAAGCUCAUAAACAACUACACCCCACAGACAAUUGAGCUGGAUAACAAACUACGUCCCUUCAUUCCGGAUCUCAUUCCCGCUGUCGGAGAUAUCGACGCCUUCAUAAAGGUGCCUCCUCCAGAUAAAAGCGACGAUUUUUUAGGGCUGAAAGUUCUUGAUGAGCCAUGCGCGAAGCAAAGUGACCCGACUGUUCUUAACAUGCAACUGCGGGCGACCACGAAACAAUCAUCGGCAAAGUCAGCCACGCUGUUGGUGAAAUGUCUGGAUCAGGCACAUGAGAAUCCGAAGCAACUGGAAGAGUGGAUAAGUUCGAUUGAGAAGCUUCAUCAGAGCCGGCCAACGCCGACAGUGCAUUACGCGAGACCUAUGCCUGAUAUCGAGUCGCUCAUGCAAGAAUGGCCUCAGGAGGUUGAAGACGCCCUUCGCGACCUAGCACUUCCUUCUGCGCAGCUUAGCUGCUCGCUGGAUGAGUACGUUAACAUUAUAAUGGCCAUCCUCGACAUCCCGGUCUAUAAGAAUAAACUGCAUUCGUUGCAUGUGCUGUUCACACUUUACUACGAAUUCAAAAAUAGUCAGCACUUCCGCGCUUUGGCAAUGGACAAUCAAAUUGAUAAUGCCAUGAAGGAUGUAACAGACCCUUCGGAUAGGCUCGUUCUCUGAACAACUAUUCAGCUAUAAAAAAAAAUACUACGCAACUAUUCAAAUACAAAAAUUUCUUAAACCUGCAACGGAGAGUCAAGAUCGGAUAGUUCUCAAUAAAGGUGCAUUAUUCA